UUUCGAAAUAAAAAUAGUGUAAUAUCUUUAAAAAGAACAAGUAAUCACAGAAAACAGUUUCACUCGUUGCUGCGCCUCAAAGAGCGAUUUAAACGCGCUCUAGGGCCACAGCACCGCGCUGCGGUUUGGAGUGAUAGUGCAGGUAACUUUCAAGAUAUGUUUGAUGAAGACAGUAAUUAAGGUUAAAAUCCACUUAACAAUGACGCAUCAUGUUGAUAAAACACGUUUUCAACUGACCAAAAAAACAUUUGGUAAACUAUUUUCGGCACCUGUUGAAUGAGCAGAGUGAACCCAAGGCUCCGGAGCUGUUAUCGGACUUAAAUUACCUGCAGCUGAGCUCGGGCUGUGGCGCGGAUUGACAGAGGACGUGAGAGGAACGGCAGUGACUUACAAUGAAAACACAGCGACGUGUGUGUGUUUUGUGGAGUCUUUUUACAAUCGUUCUCCUCUGUUUUAAAGCAGACACAUACGAAACUCCUAUAACCAGACACAGGAGGCCUUCUCUGAAAGUGGGUCCACCAAAGCCCAAACUCUUGAAACUGUCAACAGUCAUCUACUCACCAACAGUAGAAGAAGAAUCAGGUUCUCCAGCGGUGUCUCCAUUCAGGACGCGGAACUUCUCUCCUUCCUCAUCCACGCGGCCCGUAGACAUUCAAUCGGACUCCGUUGCUGCCCAGUCGGACGUCUCUGUGACCUGCUCCACGGCCCACUUUGUGCUGCGGGUCAAACCAGGUUUUUACGGCCUGGACGCUGAUGUAGAGGAGCUGACCUUAGGUGGCGGCUGUAGAAGCAACGGUGUUCUGAGACCUUACGGCGACAUCCUGUUCAACUACCCCCUGACAGCGUGUGACGCCAUACGGGAAGCGCCCCCUGGCUACCUGGUUUACAAAUACACACUCCAUUUUAGGCCUUCACCGAAACGCUUCCCGACCCGAUCACAACACUUAGAUGUCAACAUCGAGUGCCGUUACCAAAGGACACACCAUGUGCAUCAGCUGGUUUUGAAACCCACCUGGAAAACUGCCGUCAUGCGCAAAAAGCUGAAAGGACGACCGAGUGACUUUAGGAUUGGACUGAUGGACGACUCCUGGAGCUCCACAGUCAAGUCCUCAGUUUACCAACUGGGACAGAAUAUAAAUUUCCAGGCCUCGGCUUCACAUCUCCCUCCUGGAGGAAAACUGUACGUCAGCAGCUGUUACGCGUCACCGUCCAACAGCUCUGAGAACUCUCUUAAAUACACCAUCAUCGACAACUUUGGAUGUUUGGUGGACAGCAAGCGAGACCCGGCGGCCUCUCGGUUCAUCUAUCGGACGAACGGAACCAUCGGAUUCUCCCUGAAGGCUUUUCAGUUCACGUCUGACCCCGAGACUGAGAUCAGCGUACACUGUCACCUGUCCGUCACCUCGGAGGGUCCAAGUCCUGCCCACAAAUCCUGCACCUAUAAAGGAAACAGGUGGACGGCCCUCUCCGGUGACCACUCCCUGUGUGACUGCUGCGACUCCAAAUGUGUGACCUCUAAGACCCGUAGGUCCAUGAUGGAAGGUUUUGCCAGCAGCCAGCUUCUCUCCAUCUCAGAUCAGACGGACGAAGACGGUUUCCUCCCUGUAGCUUCCUCCACGGUCUUCAUAAGCACAGAAGACCAGAGGACCGGGACUGGAAACAUGGAUCAACGGGAUGUUCGAGAGUAUCUGUGGAGAAGUGUCGAUGUUCUGAGAUACGAUGAUAAAGAUGAUGAGAGAUUUGCAGAGGAUGAGGAGGAUGAAGAGGAGCUCGAGGAAGACGGAGGGCAGGAAAGCAGAGUUAACGUGGGAACCACAGCAGCGCCCGACACGAGGACGUCAUUUUUCAGGAACGUUGUUUCAGUGGAGAACGGGAACGCAUUUGAAGAAGACGGUUCGGGCGUCGAGGGAGUCACGUUAGGUGAGGAAAUACAUGUAAGAUCUAAACACAACCAGGCGAAGGUUGAGGGGCCAAUUCCAGAGAAUGUGAAGCCACCAGAGUCUAAGGAGCCGGAGGAGGCUGGGAAUGUAGCUGAAGACCAGAACAGGACCAGAACCUUCAGGUUAGGGUUAAAGACGGACGAAGGCCUGGAUGAUGUAGCCGAUGGUGAGAAGUCGACCUGGUAUUUCACAUGGAGGUAGAUCACCGAAAGACUGUGAAUAAAUGUUGAUCAAUAAAAACAUAAAAAUGCAUCUGAA